AUGUUGAGUCUUUUUUUGCUGAUGGUUGUUGCGAAGAAGACAUCUGCCGAGAAAUUUGCCAUUCCUCAUGAUGUGAUAGAAAAACUGAACGUGAAAACACCGGUGAGAAUUUUCACUAGUGAUGAACUCAAACGAUAUUCAGGUGUGGAUUCAGAGAAACCAAUAUACCUGGCAGUUAAAGGGGUUGUGUUUGAUGUAACAAGUGGCAAAAAAUUCUAUGGCAAGAAUUCUGUCUACAAUGCUUUGGUAGGUAAAGACGCUACACGCGCAAUUGCCAAGAUGAAUUUAGAUGAGGAGGACUUGAAGAGAGAACAUGACAUUGAAGGCUUAGAAGACAAAUAUCUGCAAGACCUUGAUAAAAUAUUUAAUGAUGUUUACAUGGCUAAGUACCCAGUAGUGGGGUACAUGGAUUAUCUUCUCUCAGUGAACAAAUUUAUUAACAAGGUGAGAAUCAAAGAAGAAUUUUAG